AUGGAUACUCUUGAAGCUCUUGUUUACGCUCUCAUCUCCUUCUUCCUCUCUCUCCAACUCUUGUUCUGGAGAUUCCGGCCACGUUACACUGAAGUUACGUCUACGUUGAGGCUGAACCGCCACCUUAACAUCCGCGGCGGCCGUCUGACUUCCCGCAAGAGCUAUAAGUUUGAGUUCAUGUCUUAUAUGUCCAAUAAAGCCAAGUCCGUCAAUAAAGCACUAGAAGAGGCCGUUCCUCUCCGCCAGCCAGUUCUCAAGAUCCAUGAGGCUAUGAGGUAUACGCUUCUCUCGGAUGGCAAACGCGUAAGACCAAUGCUUUGCUUAGCUGCAUGCGAGCUCGUGGGCGGACAUGAGUCAACCGCAAUGGCCGCUGCGUGUGGGGUUGAGAUGCUCCACGCGUCGUCUCUCAUUCUAGACGACCUCCCUUGCAUGGACGACGACAGCCUCCGCCGUGGGAAACCCACUAACCAUAUAGUCUUUGGAGAAGGUAUAGCCAUAUUAGCUUCUGAUGCGCUCAUAGCUUUGGCUGUUCAAAAGGCCGCCACAUCAACUUUAUCGGACGUUCCUUCAGAGAGGGUUCUCAGGAGCGUUCAGGAGAUGGUGAAAGCAGUGGGGACGGAGGGGCUUGUUGCAGGUCAAGCGGCGGAUUUGGCUGGAGAAGCUGUCACGGGAGCUAUAAUGGGAGGUGGGUCGGAUGAAGAAAUAGAGAAGCUUAGGAGUUACGCAAGAUGCAUUGGUUUGAUGUUUCAGGUGGUGGAUGAUGUGCUUGAUGUGACGAAGUCAUCGGAGGAGUUGGGGAAGACUGCAGGUAAAGAUUUGAUCGUCGGAAAGCUAACGUAUCCGAGACUGAUGGGAGUGGAGAAAUCGAGGGAAUAUGCAGAGAGAUUGAACAGAGAAGCUCGGGAACAUCUUCAAGGGUUUAAUUUAGACAAGGUGGCUCCUUUGUUGUCUCUCGCUGAUUACAUUCUCAACAGACAAAACUGACACUAUUGCUCAUCAAAAGCUUAACAACAAAAAUUUGUGUCCAAUGAAAAGUUUGAUAACAAGAAUUCAAAAUUUGGAUACGUAAAAAGAAAGCAAUAAAACACACGAGACCCAUAUACAAACUUAGGCCUCAUUCUACUUAAUUGUUAACGGUCUUCAC